UCUUGGUCGGGUGGGAGAGAUCACGCAAGGACGGCGACGGCAUAAGCACGUUGUCUCCGCCCCCUGAAUUCGCGCGCUGUCCUGUCCGAUCCGAUCCUCGCCGUCGUCCUUCCCCGCGAUUCUCUCUCAACCUCCGCCUCGCGAGGGCGGAGGAAUGGGCGACAAUUACGAUUUCGACCUCCUCACCGGCCCCAGCUCCGCCAGCCCUCCCCCGCCUCGGCCCCUCUUCACUACCCGCUUCGAGUCCUCUUCCUCGUCGGAUGAGGAGGAUGCCGGCGCCGGCGGCGAGGAGGAGGAUGCCGGCGACGACAUCGCCUCCACCACGCGGCGCCUCGAUUACAUGCUCCAGUUCUUGGAUCGCAAGCUCUCCACCUCGUCCGCGUCCGACGCGGCGCCUCCCGCGGGCGGCGAGCGAGAUUCGAGGAGCUCGGCGGCGGCGGCGGCGGCGGCGGCGGCGCUGCCGGAGUUCGUGGCCCGGGGAGGGGGCGCGGGCGUCUUCAAGCUGCCGGCCCGGGCGGCGGUCCAUCCCGGGCGGCCGCCGUGCGUGGAGGUGAGGCCGCACCCCCUGAGGGAGACCCAGAUCGGGUGUUCCCUGGGGGCUCUCGUGGCCACACGUUCUCAGCUGUGGGCCGGCGGCGAGAGGAGUAUCAGGGUUUGGGACUUGGCCGCGGACCUCUAUGCAGCGGCAGCGACCGGGAGGGGCGACGGGGUCGAUGCUGAACCCGACACUGUGCCCUACCGGGAAUCGGUGGAUUUGAUGUCGCCCACCUUGUGCUUGGUGGCCGACGAGGCAAGCCAGCUGGUGUGGAGCGGUCACCGGGACGGGAGGGUCAAGUGCUGGAGCAUGUCGUUUGGUUCUUCUUCUUCUUCUGUUGCUGCGUCUAGUGGUAAAACUCGCUUCAGGGAAACACUUUCGUGGCUGGCUCAUCGAGGGCCCGUCCUCUCCCUCGUGAUCUCUUCUCAUGGGGAUCUGUGGUCAGGUUCAGAGGGUGGUGUUAUGAAAAUUUGGCCAUGGGAAGCUAUCGAGAAAUCUCUUUCUUUAACAGUGGAAGAAAGACAUAAGGCUGCUUUCAUUGUGGACAGAUCAUAUAUUGAACCUCAGAACUAUGUUAACACAAAUAAUUUCGGUAACAGUUUAGCAGCUGAUGUUAAGCACUUAUUUUCAGAUAAUUAUGCAGGCACAGUGUGGAGUUUUGGAUAUCAGUCAUUUGCCCUUUGGGAUGCUCGUACGAGGGAGUUAUUGAAAGUUUAUAGUGUAGAUGCACAGGUAGAGAACCGAGGUGACAUCUCAACACCGCAGGAUUAUUCAGUGGAAUAUUUUUCUAGUCCAAGAAAGGAAAAACCACAGAACUCCUUUGGUUUUUUUCAGCGGUCUCGCAAUGUUAUAUUAGGAGCUGCUGAUGCUGUUCGUCGAGUGGCAACAAAAGGGGCAUUUGGAGAUGAAUCUAGGAAAAUGGAAGCACUUGUUACAACAAUAGAUGGGAAGGUUUGGACUGGGUGUGCGAGUGGCUUACUGAUACAAUGGGAUGGAAAGGGAAAUCGUCUGCAAGAUUUCCAGCACCACUCUUUCCCUGUGCAAUGUCUUUGUACAUUUGGACUUCGCAUAUGGGUUGGUUAUGCAAGUGGUUUUAUAAAUGUACUAGACCUUGAGGGUAAUCUGCUUGGAGAAUGGGUGGCCCACAGCAGUGCUGUUCUAAAAUUAGCUGUAGGGGCUGGAUAUGUCUUCAGCUUGGCUAAACAUGGAGGUAUACGUGGUUGGAGCAUUACAUCUCCUGGACGUAUUGACAGCAUACUACGUUCAGAAUUGGCUGGCAAAGAGUUUCUGUACACUAGGAUAGCAAACAUAAAAAUAUUGGCUGGAACAUGGAAUGUUGGACAAGAAAGAGCUUCUAGAGAGUCUCUCAUAUCAUGGCUGGGCUCUGCGGCCUCUGGUGCAAGUAUCGUUGUUGUUGGGCUGCAAGAAGUUGAAAUGGGCGCUGGUUUUCUUGCUGUGUCUGCAGCCAAAGAAACAGUGGGGCUUGAGGGUAGUUCAGUUGGACAAUGGUGGCUGGAUAUGAUUGGCAAAACAUUGGAUGAGGGGUCAACCUUUGAACGUAUGGGCUCUAGGCAAUUAGCUGGCUUGCUCAUUGCUGUGUGGGUCAGAAAUACUCUAAAACCUCAUGCUGGAGAUGUUGAUGCUGCAGCAGUUCCUUGUGGCUUUGGGCGUGCAAUUGGAAACAAGGGAGCUGUUGGUUUGAGGAUUAGAGUGUAUGAUCGAAUCAUGUGCUUUGUGAAUUGUCACUUCGCUGCACAUGCUGAAGCGGUUGCUCGUCGGAAUGGUGAUUUCGAUCAUGUCUAUAGGAGUAUGACCUUCACCAGAGCAUCUACGUUUUCCAAUGUGGUAGCUGUCGGUGCAUCUUCUGCUGUCCAAAUGCUCCGUGGAACAAAUUCAGCUGAAGUAAUGCCGGAGUUGUCUGAGGCAGACCUGGUCAUAUUUUUGGGCGAUUUCAAUUACCGGCUUGAUGAUAUAACAUUUGAUGAAGCGAGAGAUUUUGUUUCUCAGAGAUCUUUUGAUUGGCUUAGGGAGAAGGAUCAGCUCCGAAUAGAGAUGGCAGCUGGUAAUGUUUUCCAAGGAAUGCGUGAAGCAGUUGUUAAAUUUCCUCCUACGUACAAGUUUGAACGGCACCAGGCUGGAUUAGCAGGGUAUGAUUCUGGUGAAAAGAAGCGCAUUCCUGCAUGGUGUGACAGAAUUUUGUACCGUGAUAGCCGCUCAGCUCCAGAUUCCGAAUGCAGUUUAAAGUGUCCUGUAGUCUCUUCAAUAGUACGAUAUGAGUCUUGCAUGGAUGUGACAGACAGUGAUCACAAACCAGUUCGUUGUAUGUUUAAUGUGGACAUAGCUCGAGUCGAUGAGUCAGUGCGAAGGCAAGAAUUUGGUGAAGUUGUUGCCCAAAAUGAGAGAGUUAAGUCUAUGCUCAAAGGGUUACUUAUGAUUCCAGAAACCAUUGUCAGCACCAACAACAUAAUCCUUCAAAAUCAGGACACGUCUAUUUUGCGAAUUACAAAUAAAUCUGGGAAGCAUGAUGCUUUAUUUCAAAUAAUUUGCCAAGGUGUCUCUAUGAUCAAAGACGAUGGACAGGCAUUAAACCAUCACCCAAGAGGUUCCUUCGGCUUUCCGCAAUGGCUUAGGGUUUGCCCUGUUUCUGGCAUUAUUGAACCUGAGCAUACCACUGAGGUAUCAGUUCAUCAUGAAAAGUUCCAGACCUUGGAGGAGUUUGUUGAUGGUGUCCCUCAGAACAGUUGGUGUGAGGACAACAGAGACAAGGAAGUUGUAUUAGAGGUGAGAGUGAGUAGCAGCUACAUGACUGAGACACGGAAUCACCGUAUUCGCGUUCGGCACUGCUUUUCAUCCAAAGGGAAACAAGUUGACCUUAUAUCUUUGGAUCCCAAGCAAGCACAAAUUAAUCUCCUUCACCGAUCUGAUCUCCAACGACUUAGUGAUUCCUAUGACAUGGUUGACCACUUUCGGAAUUUACAUAGUCCAUGAAAUGACAGGUGGUAGAGGAGCAUAAGCUCAUGCAUGGUUGACUGGGUGAAUUGCUACAAGCUGACGUCUUACGUCUUAUAGCACUCUGGUUCACAAGCAUUGCCACCUUCCACCAAAACUUAGUUUGUUUUCUUUCUCAAUCUGUACAAAACUUGUUUUGUAUUUAGAGGCCAGCAUAAGCUAUUAAUGGAGGCAGUUACUGGGUUGGACAUUGGAUCUUGAGGUGUAGUUGCCACCGGCUUCACCAUGGCUUCAUAGGGUGGUGUCAAGCACAAACAAAACCACCAGUGCUUCUGGAAGAUAAGCCAGUUUCUUGAGGUAAAUUAAAUUUCAUAUCAAGUGGCUGGAAACGAAGGUUCAUUGUGCUUCUGAAACUUAUCCAUGAAUAAGUUUCUCCAUUUUGUUACAUACGUACAUCUCCUCUUGAGUUAUUUAAAGCUUUAAGCGAGUGUGAAUUUUUCAGACAUGGAAACGAAGGUUCAUUGUGCUCUAUUCCUGAAGGUUGUCGUUCAGUCUAUUAAGCCAACAUAUUAUUUGUGCUUCAUUUUUUCCUUUAACCCGUAAGAAUUUUAACUC